AUGACGAUGGUUGAUGAAGCUGGCUAGAACCUACUAUUGAUCGGUUCCUAUUGUUGCCAAAUAGAGGCUAUUAACAUCUUGACUAUAAUUUUAGAGUCCUAUACAUUCGGAAGACUCUCUCUACUAUCCUCCAACUUUCUCUCCUUUGCAUUCAUCAUCGCCGAUCAACCCCACCUCCGUCGAGCUCACAGUUAUCACAACGAAGCCAUCAUCAUGUCUGAAACCGCUUUCGCCCAAACAUUUCUGGCAUCGCUAGAGUCGCGGCCUAUCCGACUCUCUGCCGACCAUGUCGAAGACCCCAAGACUUACCCUGCUCGACCACCUUACAUCAUCCCCCGCAUGCCCAAGGCCAUGAGCAAACCCAACAACCUUGCUCCCGGCUCCGAACGAAGCAUCACCGUGUCACUCAAGUCACUUCGCAACCCUCCUCUGAGCAUCAAGCUCGCUUCUCAAUCCCUAGACACCUCAAUCCUGGACAUCAAGGCCAACAUCGAGAAGCAGACAAGGAUACCCGCCGCCAAGACUAAGUUGUUGCACAACAAGAAGCCUAUCCCUGAUAGCAAGAUUCUUAAGGACCUACUAGGUGAGACGGAUAUGUCUAUUGAGUUUACGGUUAUGGUUAUUGGAGGUGCCGCUGCUAUUCCACCAGAAGAGCCUGAGGCCACCCCUGAGGCCCAACCCGUAGGCGCCCAAGCCUUACAGACGGAGGCCUUCUGGGGUGACCUGAAAGGAUUCUUGAUGCAACGACUAAAGGAUGAAGCCGAGGCCGAACGUCUCUCUGGGCUUUUCAAAUCAAGUUGGGAGUCGAAUCAAGCAAACCCAUAGAAGGUGACGAUAUUUAGAAGCAAUGAGAGCAUGACAGAGACAAUCGGAUAGAUAGAUGAUAGAAUGCCAAUAGUUGCCACAUACCAGCAUGCGGUUUUAUUUCCCGUGGUACGUACGAUACAUGGUCAGUGUCGGCGAUUGUGCGAAUUUAAGUCUCGCCCCCAGAAGCAAACUCGUUGGUUUGCGUCCCUGGAGGAAACGAAACAUUUCAUGAUCCACG